CCGCUACCUUAUUAUCUCACGCCUGCCUUCAUCCCCAUCAGGCUUUUCACUCUCCAUAACACGCAUUACCAACGGCCUUAUUAUUUGAUUUUGUGUAUCAUGUGCCUCUUCUUUCUAAUUUUAAGUUCACUUUGGUUUGGCUCAACGGUACAGAAGCUUCUCUGUCCCUGCUAUUUCUUUUCCAUUCCCAGCUGUAAUUUCCUUGUUGGGGAAUCAAAACCCUAAACCAUCCUUAACUUUAGCCUGUCUUUUAACAAUCUAGAGCGGCAACUAUUAUUAACAGGUCACUUAGUGCCACGAUAAAUACGAACAGGAUGCCAGGGAGUAAUACAGAUUCCGAGUUUCAUACAGAUGGUGGAAUUGACGGCGGAGAAAUGAGUUCCACCAGGUCUGACGACCCUUCCUUUCCGGCUAUGGUUGUUUCUGCUCUGGAAAACUCCAUAGCUAGGCUGGAGGAUAAAGUGCAGAAUUCUAGUCCUCUUCACAUGGAAAUACAAAAUAAACAUGGCAAUUCAAUAGCACCAAAGGUUGUUUUUGAGGGUGAUGAAGAAAAACAGUUGCAUUUUGCAAAAGCAAAUGACAUAAAUCAUCAGGAAUGGAAAAGUUUUCAGCAGGGUGGAGAGGAGGAAGAUAAUGCAGCGUUCAUGAGUAACUUAGAUGAUUUGGAUAAUGGCUUGACUGAGAAAGACUACACUUCUGAAGCAAUCGACCAGAACAGUCUAAACAUGACUUUUGAUACGGCAACUGAUAUUGUUGAAGAUGUCUGUAAUGGAUUACUAAAUAAGAGAAAUGUCAUGAAGAGCCUUAGAAUCUCUGAAGAAACUUCCAAUCCAGUAGGCAAGAAAAUGGAGUUAAGCAAGUUCAUUGAUUCACAUGUUCUUCAGACAGAGAAGGCCAUCUCAGAAAUUCAACAUGUUGAUUCUGGAGAUCCCCAUCUGGGUACUUCGAGAUUAGGAUGUCUUGCCACUUCUUCUCCAGAGAAUAUACCCCCAAAAAAUGGAGCAUCAAGGGUGCUUAGGCGUGCAUCUUUAAUACUUAUACCUCCACAUGGUGCAAAUAGGUUCACAUCUUCCUUUAUGUCUUGUGAGUCAAGUAGAGUGAGGUCUCUCCUCUUUCCCACUGGAGGAAAUAGAUUCUUAUCAGUAACUUCUGCAGGUGAUUGUACCAAGACCCAGAUUUGUAAAGAGCAACAGGUUGACUUCAGUAACCACCUAGAGGAAAGCUGUACACUGAUGGUAGAAGAGUCAUCAAAGGCAGGGCAAGGCUUUCAUUUACAAACAGGAGUGAUUGACAAUAAACAGUAUUGUGAAGAAACACAAUCUGGCUUAAAAAACACAAUGGCUGAAGAUGCUCAUAUUGAAGUGAAAGCUAAGAAAAGGCAUCCUACCAAUAAUAUUGGCCAACAAGAUGCAGUUAUGAUAGAUUCCAUGCCAUCUGGUUUCUAUUAUCUGAAGAACCCAAAUCAUAAGCCAGAUGAGCCACAGGUUUUUCAAAAUGAAAUGGAGGUUCAGCAUGUUGAUGAGAAAGGCAUCCAGAGAGAUUUUAAGAUCGACGCAGAGAUUAACGGAAGUUUCUCAAAUCAUUUGGUACAAUCAGAAGCCAAAGGAAAAAGAGUUCAUUCAAAGUUCAAGAAUGAUUAUAAGAAGUUAACAGAUUUUAGGAAAUUUAGGAACAUGGACAAUCUGGCCAGAAUUUCCAGCAUGCGGGAAGGAAUUCUGGCUCGCAGACGGUCUUCUUGUGUGGUUUCUGCUUCAGUGAAUCAUAUUUGCUCCAGUCAGAAAGGUGGUGAUGAUUCCACGGGUGCUGCCGUGGUUGAUCGUACAGAAGGAAAUGCUAAAAAUAAUCAAUCAAAAAUGAAAAUUCCUGUAUUUGGAAAGAAACGCUUCUUGGAAAAAGCUUUGAUUGAUUCUGCAAAGCGACUGCAGGCACAAAAAAUGCUGCGUUCAGGAGUGUAUGAUGGAUUGGCCGUGCCAAAAGAGGAAACUGAAGUCAACAGCAGUAAGGAAGAUAACUUUUCCAAAGAAGUGAAUCAGACACCCUUGAACAUUGUAAAGUGUGAAAGCGAAUCAUAUGGUGAAAGAGUGAUUAAGCAAAAAAGAAGGCGUCGGGAACAAUUUAAAAAAUCUUUAAUGGGAAAGUCUAGAGAAAAAGCAAAGGAAACAGCCGAAAGAGUGGCCUUAUUUCAGCGAUCCCAAAUUUUACAAUCCAAAAGGGGCCACACUUCACUAGUUUCAGCUAUUACUAAUAAUCAGGAAACUUAAGAUGGUAUCUUGUGAGGACUUUUCUGACCGCUGGGUGAAGAAAUUUUGGAAGGCUUCAUGAUUUCUUUGUGGAUCUUGUCUUUUCAAAUGGGCUUCUAAAGUUCUUUAGAGUUUCAAUGUAGGAACUAGACGGGCAAUUUAUUUGGGCAAAGUCUUAGUUGCCUGUAGAAUCUACUUGAAGCUCCAUUUCAUUAAAUUCUCCAACUUCUCUUGAUACUUGAGUAACAAGCUUCAAUAUUUUAGAAGCUUUCUUUAUUCCGAUCUAAAUUUUCAGCCAGAAUGUGGUAACAACAAUAUGAAGACUUGAUUCUCAUCUGAGUUUUAUCCUUUAUGCUGCAUUAUUUUAUAGCUUGUAUGAGAAAUGGCUGAAGAGGCUAGAAGGUUCUAAAAGAAAAGUGCAAUGUUUUAAUUGUAAA